CCCAAUUCUUUAUUUUCCCCCUUUUCAAAUUUCCAUAGUUCUCCAACGGUCAUUUCUCUUCCUCCCCCCCUUCACACUCCCAUCACAACAAUUUCAUGUUCAAAUUCAUCAUUCAAUCAGAUUCACAAAAGCCCUAGAACUCAGCAAUGCAAGAUUUUAUCGGCUCCGUUCGCCGAUCUCUCGUCUUCAAACCCUCGGCCACAGGAAAUGACGAUGCAAUUGGUAAUUCUUUUGGAGGAUUUGUUGAAAAGAUCGGGUCCAGUAUACGGAAAUCGAAAAUAGGAUUGUUUACCAAAUCUUCGAUUCAAGCUCUACCUCCUCCUGUUAGAGCUGUAUCGAGUAAGAAUGUGAAGAAAGAAGAAGAAGAAGAAGCAGGGUCGCAGAUCCGAUGGCGGAAAGGAGAGUUGAUUGGUUGUGGAGCGUUUGGUCGGGUUUAUAUGGGAAUGAAUUUGGAUUCCGGGGAGCUUCUGGCUGUCAAACAGGUUUCGGUUGUGGUGAAUACUGCUUCCAAGGACAAGACUCAGACUCAUAUUCGGGAGCUUGAAGAAGAGGUGAAGUUAUUAAAGAAUCUUUCACAUCCAAACAUUGUUAGGUACCUUGGAACUGCCAGAGAGGAGGACUCGUUGAAUAUCUUCCUGGAAUUUGUUCCGGGUGGAUCUAUCUCAUCACUCCUCGGAAAAUUUGGUUCCUUUCCUGAAUCUGUGGUAAGAAUGUAUACAAAGCAAAUACUAUUGGGACUUGAGUAUCUCCACAAGAAUGGUAUCAUGCAUAGAGACAUUAAGGGGGCAAAUAUUCUCGUUGAUAAUAAAGGACGGAUCAGACUUGCGGAUUUUGGUGCCUCCAAGAAGGUUGUUGAGCUGGCUACCAUGACUGGUGCCAAGUCAAUGAAGGGUACCCCGUAUUGGAUGGCUCCUGAAGUUAUACUCCAGACCGGCCAUAGCUUUUCCGCAGAUAUAUGGAGUGUUGGGUGUACUGUUAUUGAGAUGGCAACCGGAAAGCCUCCAUGGAGCCAACAAUAUCAGGAGGUUGCUGCUCUUUUUCAUAUAGGGACGACAAAAGAUCAUCCACCUAUACCAGACCAUCUCUCUGCCGAGGCAAACGAUUUUCUGUUAAAAUGCCUCCAAAAGGAACCGGAUUUCAGGCCUGAUGCGUCAGAGUUGCUGCAGCAUCCUUUUGUAACUGGAGAAUAUAAGGAGACUCAUCCUGUAUUUCGCACAUCGGUUAUGGGUACAGCUUCCAAUCAAAUACCAACAUCUAAGAAGGAACCUAGAAACUCCAUUAGUCCCGAGAUUAAAGCAAGCGGUGUUAUGAACAGUGUGAGGUGCUCAACUAUCUACCCUGAUAAAUGGGGAUCAAACAGAUACGAUGAUGACAUGUGUCAGAUGGAUGACGAUUUCAUGGGGUGCACAUCUAUGAAACUUGACCCUGGCUUACUUUCUAAUGAUGUUAACAAGAGUUUUAAUCCAAUGAUGGAACCUGAUGAUGACUGGCCAUGUCAAUUUGAUGGAAGUCCGGAAUUGGUCAACAGCGCGGCUAAUCUAUUUCCAGAUCAAGGUUCUGAGAUGAAUGCAGAGAGUCUUGGAGCACGCGGCAAUGAAAGUUAUGGUUUCACCUUUCCUAAUGGUACCCCUGGAGUGGAAGAGGAAGAAGAACUUACAGAAAUAAAGAUACGAGCAUUUCUGGAUGAGAAGGCAUUAGAUUUGAAGAAGAUGCAGACACCUCUAUAUGAAGAAUUUUACAACUCCUUGAAUGGAGCCAUUUCUCCUGCUGGGAAUGCAAACAAGGAAAAUUCAUCAAAUAACCUGAACUUACCUCCAAAAAGCAAAUCUCCUAAUAGGCUGUUCAGAAAGAGGCUAUCUUCCGCUGUUGACGUUUCCUAUAUUGGUAGCCCUGGUAAUAAUUCUAGGCGUGUAUCACAUAUUAGUGGUGUAAAUGAUCAAAAUCCUCGUGAAUGUCGGUCACCUCAGCAUGGUCAAUUGAAACAAAAUGUUCUCGAUUCUCAGAGAGAGGCCAUCAGUCCAAGCGCAAGCUUCUCUGAAAGGCAAAGAAGAUGGAAAGAAGAACUUGCAGAAGAGCUUGAAAGAAAACGAGAGCUUUUAAGGCAAGCGGGUGUAGUAAAAACAGCAUCCCCAAAGGAUCGGAUGAUGAAUAAUCGUCAAAAAAGAUUUGUGUCGCCAGACACAUGACAAAUCUUUUUCAGUAUGUGCCUCGUACAUCAUGAUACAUACUGCUUGGCUGAGCUGAUCUGAAAUGAAAAGGAGAUAGCAGCAUCAGGGUGAAGUGAAAUUAUAUAUUGUGGUGGGUGGUUUGUGAUUUAAUUUUGUUUUAAUCGUUCUUGUUAAAGUAAAUUGUAUCUAGUUUAUGAUGAGAAGCAUACGAGCAAGAGCAAGACCACCUUCCUUUUGUAUCAAAAUCAUGUGGUCUACCUCAUAUAUACACAUUUUUUAUAUCCUUCUUUUGAUUCAUUUAACUUCUAAUCUAUGUUAAUGAGUGAAAUCUAAAUAAUAAUAGUAGUAAAGAGAGAUGUCGUUUGCUUUUAAA